AUGUUCAUGACGCUAUCAUGGCGUUCUAUUGCCUCAUAUUUCUGCCUUCUUUGCAUCCUAAUCAAUAUCUUAUACUUUUUCUAUCCUGCGGGUAUUGCCAAAUAUUCCCUGCUUACCGACAAACUGCGCUCAUCUGAGCCGAAACUGCUUACUUUGCUAGAACGAUGGAUUGUAAUAACAUCGAUUGCCGAUCAUGCACCGAAUGCAGUUCUAAAACUUCUGGAACAACCAGACUGGCUUCUCGUUGUAGUAGCUGAUAAGAAAGGACCGAGGGAACAAUGGGCACCACAUCCGCGUCUGCAUUUCUUGUCGCUGGAGGAUCAAAUGGCACUGGGUUAUCGCAUAUUGCAGCACGUACCGUACAACAGUUAUACAAGGUCUUAA